AUGUUUCAGUACUCAGUGUUACUAUUUACAGUACUCCAUGUCUUAUUAGAAUCCGGUAGAAUUCUCGAAAUGAUGCAAACAGUAGCAGUCCGAGGACAAUUGAAAUGUGGUGAAGAAAAUGUGGUCAACACAAGAGUCGCUUUAGGAAUAGAUAUCAGAUUCGUGGAUGAGCAAAUUUUGGCCAUUGCUAGAACAAACAUAACAGGAUGGUUCGAACUGAAAGCAACUAUUAUAUCAGCGGAUAUUAUUAAACCGUUUUUCCACAUCUAUGUUGGCCAGUCCAGCGGAAUUCAAUGUCAUCAACGUUACAAACAACCGAUACCAUAUGAAUUCAUAUCAAAGUACGGUCAACCAGAACGAUGGUAUAAUGUUGGCAUUGUUGAGCUACAAGAGAUUUGUGUAAAACUACCAGACGAAACAAGCUGCUUGAACAAAGAUCCCUCACUCAUAUAA